AUGUCCCUCCGAAAGGUUCUAAAGUAUGGAAUCUUCGGUAGUGCCGUGCUCGGGACGGGGCUUAGUUUACACGCCAACGAUUACGACCUCAACUCGGUCGGCAUUGUACGGCUUGGGCGUGCCGGCGCGACUGUAUUCGACAUCGCCACCACCUACAAAGCGAACCUGUACAGCCGCGAAUGGACGGACAAGAAGUCGCGCGAGUACCUGCAGCUGAAAAGUGACACACAUCGUGCGGCCGCCGAAAAGUUGCUCGAACUGUGCCGCACGAACCGUGGCGUGUACAUAAAGGUUGGUCAACAUAUAGGGGCGCUCGAGUAUCUGCUACCGCCGGAGUACGUCAACACGAUGAAGGUGCUGCACAGUAAUGCGCCGCAAAACCCGGUCGAGGAUCUUUAUCGCGUCAUACGGCAAGAUUUGCGCGUCGAUCCGAACGAACUGUUUGAAUCGUUCGAUCCGGAACCGCUCGGAACGGCCUCCCUCGCGCAGGUACACCGGGCGACGUUGCGAGAUGGGCGAGAGGUUGCGGUUAAGGUGCAACACCCCUACGUCAAGGGCAACUCCAUCGUGGACAUCAAAACGAUGGAAGUGCUGGUGAAGUUGGUCGCGUGGACUUUUCCCGACUUUAAGUUCCAGUGGCUGGUGGACGAAUCGAAGCGCAACCUGCCGGUCGAGCUGGACUUUGCCAACGAGGGGCGCAAUGCGGAGAAGGUGAAGGAAAUGUUCCGCCACUAUCGGUGGCUAAAGAUACCGGGCGUGAUCUGGGAGUACACGACACCGCGCGUACUCAUGAUGGAGUACACGAAGGGUGGCCAGGUGAACGAUCGCGAGUACAUACAGCGGGAAAAGCUCGACCCGUACGAUAUCGCGAACAAGAUCGGUCAGCUGUACUCGAACAUGAUCUUUCUGAAGGGUUUCGUGCACAGUGAUCCGCACCCGGGAAACAUUCUGGUGCGCCGUAGCGAGCAGAACGGUGGGACGGAGAUAGUGCUGCUGGAUCAUGGGCUGUACGCGGAGCUGACCGAGAAGUUCCGGUACAACUACUCGAAGCUGUGGUUAAGCAUUCUGCGCGUUGAUCAGGCUGGUAUGAAGAAGUACGCACAGGCGCUGGGGGUCGAAGGUAGUAUGUGGGGAUUGUUUGCCUGUAUGGUCACCGGACGGCCCUGGAACUCGGUCAUUCACGGUGUGGACAAGGUGAAGCAGGAUGAUGCUGAGAAAGAAUUGAUCCAGAACGAGGGCAAACUGGUACUGCCACACAUUUCCGACGUGCUCGAAAAGGUCGACCGCCAGAUGCUGCUGGUGUUGAAAACGAACGAUCUAAUACGGGGCAUUGAAACGACCUUGCGCACACAGAACCGUAUGACCGCAUUCUGGGUAAUGUCCAAGUGUUGCGUAAAAAGUAUCGGCAGCCAGGAAUAUCUUAGUGCGGCGGAUACGUGGAGCAAGCUGGCCACCUGUCUGCGGGAACAAUGGUGCAUACUGAAGCUAAACCUUUAUUACCUUUAUCGGGGGCUGGUGUCGCUACAUUUGCUGUCCGCGUUGAAGAUGAUGUUCUAA